CCCUCCUCUUCUCCCCUCGCCUUUAAAAAAACAUUUUUUUAAACUUUCUCCAUCUUUCUGUGUCUUCAGCUCGAGCAAAACUCUCUCCCUCCAUUCCUUGUGGAGAGGCUCAGCAGCUGGGAUUUGCCAUCACCAGCCUAAAAAUGUGUGUGCCUGCCUACCUGGACUAGGGGGAAGAUAAGCACUGCACUUUGACUAUGGAAGCAGAGGCUGUUGAUGGAUAUAUUACAUGUGACAAUGACUAUUCGCCUGAGAGGGAGCACUGCGGCAUGGCCAUCGACCUCACCUCUAGCACUCCCAAUGGGCAGCACACCUCCCCCUGUCACAUGGCAGGCACAAAUUCAGUAAAGCUAGAAAUGCAAAGUGAUGAGGAAUUUGACAGGAAGCCCCUGAUUCAUGAAGACAUUAUCAGAGCUCACGAUGGAGGAAGCAGCCUGGAAGAUCCCUUCAUUGGGAGUAACGAGAUGGUGGAUAACAGAAAGAUGCAGGAGCUAUCAAGCGAGGGAGGAAUCCGGCUUCCCAAUGGUAAACUGAAAUGUGACGUCUGUGGCAUGGUUUGCAUUGGGCCCAAUGUGCUAAUGGUACAUAAAAGGAGCCACACUGGUGAACGCCCCUUCCACUGUAACCAAUGUGGAGCUUCUUUUACCCAGAAGGGGAACCUGCUGAGGCACAUCAAGUUGCACUCUGGGGAGAAACCGUUCAAAUGUCCCUUCUGUAGCUACGCCUGCCGGCGGAGGGACGCCCUCACAGGACACCUCAGGACACACUCUGUGGGGAAGCCUCACAAGUGCAACUACUGCGGCCGGAGCUACAAGCAGCGCAGUUCUCUGGAGGAGCACAAGGAACGCUGCCACAACUACCUGCAGAAUGUCAGUCUGGAGGCUGCUGGGCAGGUCAUGAGUCACCAUGUACCUGCUCUGGAAGAUUGUAAGGAACAAGAGCCUGUGAUGGACAACAAUAUUUCUGUGGUGCCUUUUGAGAGACCUGCUGUUAUAGAGAAGCUGUCAAGCAACAUGGGAAAGCGUAAAAGCUCCACCCCACAAAAGUUUGUGGGUGAAAAGUUCAUGAGAUUUGGCUAUCCAGAUAUCCCCUUUGAUAUGAACCUAAGCUAUGACAAGGAGGCUGAGCUGAUGCAGUCUCACAUGAUGGACCAAGCCAUCACCAAUGCAAUCACCUACCUUGGAGCUGAGGCACUUCACCCCCUGAUGCAGCACACACCGAGCACAAUCGCAGAGGUGGCCCCGGUCAUCAGCUCAGCUUACGCUCAGGUCUAUCAUCCCAGCAGGAUAGAGAGGCCCAUCAGCAGGGAAACAGCUGACAGCCACGAGAACAACAUGGAUGGCCCCAUCUCCCUCAUCAGACCAAAGAGUCGAAUCCAGGAUAGAGAGGGCUCCCCCAGCAAUAGCUGCCUGGAUUCUACUGACUCAGACAGCAGCCACGACGACCGCCAGUCCUACCCAGGAAACGCUGCCUUAACCCCCAAGAUCAAGCCAAACCCGGCUUACGUGAAGGAGGAGGCCAAGCCUUUGGAUGUCACAAAAGCUUCUAAGGGCUCUUUAAAGGAUAUGUACAAGGUGAUCAAUGGAGAAGGGGAGCAGAUUAGGGCUUUCAAGUGCGAGCACUGUCGCGUCCUCUUCCUGGACCAUGUCAUGUACACCAUCCACAUGGGCUGCCACGGCUACCGGGACCCGCUGGAGUGCAACAUCUGUGGCUACCGGAGCCAGGACCGCUAUGAGUUCUCGUCGCACAUAGUCCGGGGGGAGCACACAUUCCGCUAGGCCUUCUCAUCCAAAGGGGACUCCUAUGAAGUACAAGAACUGCACAUGAAGAAAUACUGCACUUACAAUCCCACUUUUCCUCAGACAUUGAGACGCCUAUUUUGUUGUUGUUGCUGUUGUCGUUGUUGCCGUUGUUUAAUUAUUAUUAUUAACCUUAUUUUUUGUGGACCCAACCUCAUUUGCUCUGCCCAGCUUAAGAGUGGAGAGAAGGAAGGGAAUGGAUAAAAAGAGGGGUUUGUUGUGGCAAUCAGUUCUCGGGGAGUGACCCGCCUUGCUUGCUGUGGGUAUUGGAAGGCAAUCUGUGUCCGUGUCAGUCAGUUGUACACCAUGUCCUCUCUUGGGAUGUCACUCAACCAUGCCAGGUGCUUUCAAGUCCCAACAAGAUGCCACUCAUUUGGAAUUUCAGAGGGAUAGGUAGAAACAUUUCAGAGGAGAGCCUUUUUCUAAUGUGAAGAUACGGUGCGAGCUUUCGGUGGCUGGAGGAAAGGGGGGGAACUUUGUUCUGCAGAAUGAACAAUUAUUUUUCAAGCAAAACUGGUAGGGAGUUAGGAGCAUGAAUCAAAGUCAAUAUUCCUCUCAAAAUUACUUUCAAGGGUGAGCUGUUUUCCUGGGUUCAGUGUGUAUUGCCCCUCUAGAAUGUAAAUAAAUUUAAAAAAAAAGAAAAAGAAAAAGAAAUGUAUGUCUUAACACUGUACCACAUUAUAGCAGUUUAGUUUCAUAAGUCUGAGGGCCUUCUGUGGUAAGUUUGAGGCUUUGUAUUUUUAUUUUUCCUUAACUUAUGAAGCACCUUUUUUUUAGAAUUGUUGAUAUUCUGUUACUCCAUGCCUAUGUGUUGUCUCACUGGCUUCUUAGAGACCCUUGGGAGCCUUAUUUCUUUAGUUGCACCCUAAAUUUUAAGAAAGAACAUUUAGAAAUAACAUUUAAACUUGCUUCUAGGACAGUAAGUGGCCUAGGAGUGGGUGAGAGAGCCUGUAGUUUACUCAAGAGGUUCUGCUGCUCUUCAGAAAUACUUUUGGGUUAAAAUUAUGGAUUUAAAAAUGACAAAAGUGCUAGUAGCAAAAAGUGUUCUUUAAAUAUAGGUAUAUAUAGAUACAUAAUUAUGUAAAUACUUUCUCAUUCUACUAUCACAGUGUUAACCUCUUGGCAGCAGCCUAAACUGAGACUUGCAGCUGGGGAAGCGUUAGGAGCCAGAUCCUUGGCCAGCACUAAUCCUCUUGGCUCCACUGAAUUUAAUGGAACUGCCCCAACUAUUUCAGCUACAUCAGAAUCCCAACCUUGACUGUUUUUUCUCUUGUUGACUUCUUACUUCCUAAUAUGCUGAACCACUGACUUCCUUUUGUUUGUACAUCAUCAAUUCUGCUGAAUUUAGGGGUGAAAGUAUUAGCAGGUUUUGCUGGAUAGCCUUGGCUCCUGGAGAGCACAGAAGGCCAGCAAACCAACAGGUCACAUAUGAUCUUCCCUGCUUCUUCAGAAAGGGAUAAGUGGAGAUGUAGGUGCUGGGUAUUGAUUUGGGCUUAAAGAUUUCUUUUUGUUCCUAAUUUAAUAAUUUCCCUGUAGGGGAAGCAAAUGGAGAAGCACACUCCAGAGAGAGUCCUUGACACACAGAGUGGACAAGAAAACAAGUCCACUGAUCUGUUUUGUUUCCUUUCUUUCUCUCUCAGUAAAUAACAAAGGCAGCAAGCACCCGGCAAGUUGCAUCAGUAAAAACUGGGCUUAAACCUACAGGACAGAUUGCCAUUGAAACCCAACUGUUUGUACCAAUCACAAUUGAAAUGUUGUUGUUUGGCAACAAGAGCACAGCUUGAGAAUGGAAAGAUCUGGAUGGGUUUAACCCCCUCCGCACACACGGUCCCCAUGCGCCUGGGGAGACCUUUUCCAAAGGAUAAAGUUACUAAAGUAUAAAAGAGAGAGCAAGAUCAGGCCAUAAUGAAUUCCCAUCUGCUCCCUCCAAUCUGUGCACUUGAUGCAUAUGCCAGUUUGCUGUUCGUUUUGAGGGUACUGGGGUUUUUUUCUUCUUCUCUUCCUAGACCUGGAGCAUUUGAAAGUAGGAGCUGAAAGGUAUUGAUUGAAAUCUUUUUAUGGUGACAUUCUUGGCAGCUAGAACCUGUGUUUAGAAAGAAUACAGUAGAUCAUGGCCAGAUUACCUGAUGACUGCUUCCCAGCACUGCAAUGCUAUUAAGUAGGAGCUGGUAAAGUCUUGCAGUAGCCUAUUAAUUAUAAUACAAUAUGGAGAGAAAUGUCAUCUUGUGUAAUGUGAGACCUAUCAAGGCUGGGAAUAUGCAGGCUUUGGAGAGACAGAUUUAAAGAUCUAUUCCCAACAUUGUUCUUAAUGUCGUUGGCUUCCUCCCCCUCCUUCUUUCUUCACCCUAAUGUGGAGAGAACUGGGGCAAAUGAACCAGUGCCAUCCUCUGGACCAUUCUCAUUGUCCUGUGCCUGGUGCAGCCAAAUUUUGUUUGUGCAGGAGAAAAGCAGGGAGAUGCUGGAGGGCAUCACUUUGAUUCUGUGUGGCUGAUUCUCUGCAGUGAGGGAGGUGGGCUUAGGAGGCAGGCGGCCGUGCUUUGUGUCAGGAUGUGCCUGGAAAUUCAGAAAAGAAAACAGUGGUGGUGAUUUGCUGAGGCGGGAAAGGUCAUUUAAGAACAAGGUGGAAACUAAAAGGUUCUUGGGCCUGAGGCUUGCUGGGCUUUCCUGGGCCUCCAGAAAAACACAUGGCCAAGCUAGAGAGAGAGGUUGCCGGCAAAUCCUUUCAGUCUCUGGGGAAACACUCCGUUCUCCCCUCUGUGGUCAGCAAAAGAACAUUGGGCUGUGGUUUCUUGGAAUCGCUAGCACUAGGGAAAAAGUGUUUAAAAUUUCUGCCUUUGUUUGGGAAAGCACCAGAGUACGGGAAAGGUAGAGAAUCUCUUGUGUAUGCGCAGAUCAGUUGGCUGCAAUUACAUCUGCAGUUCAUCUGCACUUGGGGUCACCGAUGGCUCACUGCUACCUCCAGUAAGGUGUAUUCUGUGGUGUUUAAAGGAUCACAUGGGGAGACCCACUGAUUUUGGACCUGGCUUCAGUUAAGUCCAGCUUCUUGAUCUAUUAGUAGCAGGUGAGGUCUGUAUGUCCCGAUGUCACAGGCACAGGAAACUGGAGAAGUACUGGGGAAUUGUCUUAGUGAAACCACAUUUUUUGGAGAGGAAGAAACUUGAGGGGUGACAUUGAUUUUUUCUUAUCAAUGUCCUUUUCUAAACAUUCACAGGAGACUUUUAUCCUAGAGUCAGGAAAAUAAGAAAGAUUAAAUUCUUGUUCAAAUUUUGAACAAAAUUUUGAAUUAACAUGUACUUUAGAAUUCAAUUCCUACUGAAAAUUAUUAGAGAGCUUUGUGUAAUGCAGUUUGUUCCUUCACAAAAGUGAGCAAAAUGGGGCAGCAGAGAUUUCUUUGGGUGUUUUUUCUUGCUUGCUCUCUGCAAGAAUUGGAUUUCUAAGAAAAGCUCUUGAGUUUCAUCAAGUUCAUUAGUCAUUCAUAGUGUACUAGGAAUUUCAGUAGCUAAUCCCUGGCCUCUAAAUCCGUUUGUUCUGAGUAUUUGGUGCUGGAAAUCAAAUCUGGCUGAUUUUUAUUGGACUCUUUUGAAAUUCUUGGAAUUGGGUUUCCGGUUAGAAACAUACAUUUGCAAAUUUAGAGUUGGCUUCCUGUGAGCAUUCCCCAUUUUCAUUUAAAAAAAAAAGAAAGAAAAAAAAAAAUCUGGGCACUUCUUUGCCAGUAAACCCUUUUGCUUCUUUUAUAUUAAAAAUGGCAAUACUCUGACUCAGUUUAGAGGAUUACAAGCCUAUUAAUUUAAAGAGAAGUGUGGCUGCUUAUUCUGCUUUUGGUGUGAUCCAUAUCCUUGGAGCAAAGGGCAUUAUCUAUAUAUCUGCAGUUAUGACUGAUUAAUUUUACAGCCACCUCUCUUUGUAAUCAGUUAGGAGUGCACAUCAAAAUAUAUUGCAUUUUUCAAGCCUGCUCUUUACUCAGUAACUUAGGGGAUUAAAAUAAUUUUAUUCUCCUUAAAAAGUGCUUUCAUCUAUGAUGUGAUGUGAAAGGUGUCUACACAUUAACCUGUAGUGGUUUGUAGCAGAGAGGAAGAUUUAAAAUGGGUUAAUGGGCCUGAUUUUUAGUGGUACUGGUUUCUACAAUGUUAGUACCCAGCUCACAAAGUAGCCAUGAGGACCUAAAGUAUAUUUACUGCAAGGUGAAGAAAUUCUCAAUUAUCAGAGUUUGCAAAUUUCUUUCUGUUUACAAGGGCUUCCCUAAAUUUGUGCUGUUGGGCUGGAGGUCAGUAAUGAAACCCAACUCUUCAAAACUGGGCUUUCAUGGGGCAUUAUUACUGUUGCCCAGGCCCUGGGCUAGCUUGUUCUGGUUUGAAAGAAACCAGACAACAGACACUCCUUCCUCCAGAGAGAAACUUUGGAGAUAACUGCAGCAAAGGUGCUUAUUUCAGCCAAGGGCAGCAGCUACAGUAAUGCAGUUCCUUCACUGGAUAAAUUCCUUUCCUUAACUCUUGCUGUGCUUUUUAAUGUCAUGUGGGAGGCUGCCAGAUUCACCUAAAAUCAGUGUGGGAUUUUAGGAAAAGGGUGAUGAAAUUGGCUUUUCUGCUAGUAAUUCACAUCUUAGCUUGGCAUAAUGGCAUUUAAAAACAAAAGUGGAUGGCCUGUGGUGUGGGGCAGCUGGAGAGCUUGAGAAAGUACAUUUAUAUAUAUAUAUAUAUAUAUGGUAUUGUGUAGUUAGAGGUAUGCUUUAUUGUAUAUGUGCCUUUUCCAAAUGCAUUUUGGGAGAUCCUGAUGUCGUUUGUGAUAUCCCACCAGACCCUUUCAGAAUGCACAACAAAAACCAACCCAAAGGAAAGAUCCCUUCUCCUGCUCUGCACCCUCCUUGGCAGCUUGGCCCAGAGAGAGGACCCUGGUCAGUGCUUUGCUGUGAGAUUUCCUGCAGUCAGACAGCUUUUAGGAGUGGGAAGGGCUGAAAAUGACCCCAGCAAAGUACAUUCCAGCUAUCCAGCCAGAGCUGGACUGCAGCUGGUCCCAGGGAGCACAGCAUUCCCAGCACAAUGCCAGGGCUUGCUGUGGGAGCCCCCAGCUGCACUGUGCCCUACAGAGAGCCAGGGAAGCUUCUCCUGUUUCCUCCCUCUUUAAGUAAAGCACCCUUUAGUGGACUUUGCUCUGCUUUAGAGUUCCCACUUAGGUCUGGGAGCAGGCUUUAAAGCUCUUGCUUCUUGCUUCAGCCUGGAGAAACAAAUGUGGGGAGUUCUUUGGAAGUGGUUUGCAAGUUUGCCUGUCAGGCUGCUGCCAGCGCAGGAAUUGGCACAGAGACCAGAGAAGCUCAUCAGCAGGAGGCAUUCAGGGCCUUCACAAGCUGGAGCACUGCUGUGAUGAGCACAGUGCUGCUUCUGGCACUUUCCCAGGGGUUGGUGACCUGCUUUCAGGUGCACUUGUUCCCCCCGCAGAGCUGAGUGUGCCAGGAGGGCCACGGUGGGCAAGGUGGCUGGGCCAGCAGGCUUUGGGCAGAGCCUGAGCCCAGCAGCAGCCCAGAGCCACCCCCUUGGCAAUGCUCUCCCAAAGAGGGGUGCUGGGGGGAGCAGUUAGAGCUAGAAUUUGUUUCCUAGUGAAUAAUAGAUUCCCUUUUAUCCCACUGAUGUGUUCUGAGAUAUAAGCAAAGGACAACAUCGCUGCUUUCCAAUUUGGUUUCUAAUUUGACCUCCUUGUGUCCUUCUCCUACCCAGCUCUGAAAUGUGCAAAGGACAGUCAGGAGAAAGGCUGGGCUCAGGCUUUGCCAUGCUGCAUGCUUAACAUGCCAAGGAAACAGCAAAACUAGUCUCUCUUUAAUUCACCUACCUUCCCAGUUGAUUGUGUAGAUUCCUGGUUCCUGUUCACUUCCAGCCUUUGGAAAGGUGGUUAUCAGCGUGCACACUUGGGUCCUCAUCUUUGAAGAUAACUUCCCAUGCUAUCUCCUUCUGUAUAAACUUCUCCUUUUCAUCCUGGGGCCUAAUUAAUCAGUGGACAGAAACAACCAUUUCAACAGAAACCUGCAUAGUUGUAGUAAAACUAAUAUUUUUUUACCGUUGGCAAAAAAAACCACAAAAAAACUGUGAUAUUUUGACUAGCAGUACUAGGUGAAGUAUUUCAACAGAGUGAAUGACAAUGAAGUUAUUCAGAUCAUGUCUUGAGAGGGGCUGGUUUCUCCUGUUGGGGGAAAGGGAGCAGCCUGGCCCAAAGCUGGGGCCAGCACUUCCUUUCCGUAGCAGGUGUUGGUUUAGGCAACAGCACUGCAGCCCAGGAAAACAUUUGAGCACCAUCAGCCUUGUGCCAUCCCUUUGGCUGGAUGUGGGCAUCACAGGAGCUCUGCAGCUGCCUGUGUUUAUCCUGAUCCCAUUAUCUGUGGGGUUGGUGCAGCACAGCAGCUCUGGGCAGGCUGGGUGGUGCUGCUGGAGGCAUUCCCUUAUUCCUUGUAGCAGCCUUAAUCCCUGGCCCUUGGUGGUACCUGGGUACCCCCAGCCUCUGUGUGAGUCACCAGGCUGGAUAAAGGAUGGGAGCCUCCCAUCCCUCCUCUCCUUACAGGCACAACAGGGCCAGUUUGCAGUGAAUUGGGCCAUUUAGUUUUACCUCAAGUGACAUCGAGUGAGAAAAGCUUCUUGCAGGGGUGGAGGUCACUGAGUCCCUACUAUGCACUUACUGGGAUUUCACUUUGCUUACUGGAAAUGGAUGUUGGUUCCUGAACACACUGUAACAAGGGAAGGACUUUUUGUUGGUUGUUUUUGUAGUCAUUCAGAUUCUGAAACUGUGAUCAAUUAUUUGACAAAUUGUCAAGUGUCCUCAGAGCUUGAACACGUUCACUUCCUCACCAUGUAGCAGUCUCCUCUGGCUUUCUGUGCUUUUCUCUUUCCCCCUUUUCCUUCUUGGAGCUUUAAGUCUGGGCCUGCUCUUAUCUCCUGUAGCUUUGGGCUGUCGAGGGGUUUGGGGGGGGUGGUUUUCGGGGUUGUUUUGUUCAUUGGCUGUACAGUCUGUUUACAUAUUUUUGUACUCAAGUGUAGUUUUUUAUUAAAAACAGAAAAAAAAGAAAAAAAAAGUCGAUUUGAGAAAAAAAAAUAAGGUACAUACUCUUUGUAACACUUUAAAGAUCUAGGGUACCUUUGAGAUGACUCUACAGUGAUGUAAUUAUAAUACUGUAUAUUUGCCUUCCUUUUUAGUUGGUUUUAUUUUCUGUUUUGUUUUGGUUUUUUUUCCUAAAAUAUAUAUCUUUUUAUGAGAAACUGGAAACUUUUAAUGCAAAUGUUUAGAAAGAUUUAAAAUUGUAAAGUUAAAAAAAAAAGUCAUAUAAUUUUUUUUUCCUGUUGGAAGAAAAUGCUUUAAAAAAAGUUUUACUACUGUUAUAUUCCAGGGUGGGGGUUACCAACCCCAAAUUUGCUUCUUAUGCUUCAUUCUUGGAUCCUGCUUUCUAAACAUGAUCAUUGCAGACAUGGAUGAUUUGCUUGUAUUAAUUCUAAAAACAAAAAUCGCCAACAUUUGAGUUAUUUUUCUGUUCAAGUGCAAUACUUACCCUGACAUCUUAUUAAUGUACAGUGGUUUCUGUGUUCCUUCCUCAGUCCACACGAAUCAGUGAAACAAAAUGCUCUGCCCUAAAUGCAUUUAAACAUAUGGUUCAAGUAAACUGAUUGCGACUGACAAAAGAUGAGAAACUGUAAAUUAAGGCUAAAGCCCAUCAUUUACCUCCUGCUUGUCGUUGGCAUUGAAACACAUCCACAUCCAGAAUUAAGGACAUAAGUGUUCUUGACUCUUCCUCCCUCUUCUUUUCUAAUUGCAGCUUUUUUAAGAAAAGCACUUAAUAUUGAUGUUUAUUAAAAAUGACAAAAAAAUAAAAAGAUCUUUUGGUCUGAUCCAAAACCCACUCAGUGGAGACUCCUGUUGACUUUGAGGGUGGAUUUUGGAUUAGGUCUAAUCUCUCAGUUUGGGCAAAACUGCCCUUUACUCUAGGGAAGAGAUUUGCCUGCAAAGGAAUUACAGGACUUGUGUCUUUUAUCUACCUGAGAGACCAGAAAAGCUUCUUUAGAGUUGUCCUUGUCUUAUAUAAGUUUAGAUGGGACUUGUUUUACAUAUCAUACGUAUUUAUAUAUAGUGUAUUUUUAAUGCCUUCCCUCCCACCCCCCAGUAGACUGAAGCCGCUGUUGUGUAAAUAUGUAUUUAGGUACGUAAUAAAAAAAAAGGAAUAAAAUCCCAUGGAGACUUCUUGGAAAGGCAGUUACUGCGCAUGCACAGUAGCCACUUUUGUCUUUUAAAUUUGUAUUUAAGAGAUUUCUUUUUAAUAAUAACAAAGGCGAGGAGACUGUAUGUAUCCCCUUCUGAUUGAUUGCCAAAAUCGUUGCCCAGCCCCUGGUGUCUGAGCUGAAGAAGAACAAGGUUCGGUGCCCUCUGGUCUCACUCCCUGGGCCAAAUUGUGGGAGUGUCGGCUCCUGCUGCUCUCGGGGCCGCGCUGAGCAGCGGGACCCGGGCACGGCCGGGGAGAGGAGCUCCGGGCUAAGGAUGCGGCCGCUUGUCACGGCAUCUCCCCCGGCAUCUCCCGAGCUGCGCUCUGCCCCCCGCGCUGCUCUUUUCCCCACCACAGCCGGGCGGCUAAUCUGGGAAAUGACCCCUUUUCUUCUCCCAGGUGUAAGAAUUUUUAGUUCUGUGAUAGAUCUGCUGAGCUUAAAUUGAGGAAUCUUUCAAAUAAAAAAAAAUUAAAAAAAAAAAUUUACAUCAGAGUUUACUCCAAAAGCCAGUGAAGACACUGGGAGUUGUCCCACUUUAUGUGUUCAUUGGAAGGUGCUCUUAUAAAAGGAGUUCAGAAACAAUCCCUUUGACAGUGGUGCAUGUGAGCAACCCUAAUGUAAACCUGUAUCCCCCUGCUAAAAGAGUUUUGCCGCUAUAGACUGAACUAUGGGACUUGUUGUUAUUUUUAUUUUCUUCUUAGCAUACAUGCAUACAUAUGGUUGCACAUCUGUAUGUGUGUGCUCUGUACCUGUGUGAGUGUUGUACAGCCAUGUGAGAGUGGGAGUCCGUGUGUGUGUGCGUGUAUAAAUAAAAGAAGCUGCAGAAACUUUGUAAUACUUUGUGAAAAGGAUUAUAUUAUAAAGGUUUGUACUGUCUUGAGUGCACAGCUACUGGAAUAAAUGUAGGGAAUCUCAGGAACAAGCAUAUAAUUUGUCCAAGAAUUAUUUCUUCUCAGAAGUGUAAGUGCAGUUUUUAAUUCUGUAUAUUAUUUAAUAUUUUACCAAUAAAAAUAAACUUCUGACAUGAAA